AUGGCAGACAAACACAGCCCAAGGACUAAAGAUAGAUUGCUUGAAGGUGAACAGGAGCAGGUGGAACCUACAAAAACAGAUGAAAAGAAGACAUUUGAAGAAGGUAGUGAGGAGGAACCAGAGGAGAUUCCCACUGCUGGAAGCAGGCCCUUGGGAGUCACAGAAGCGGUUUCUGAAAUGACAGAGCGAGCUCUUAAAAAGAUGGAAUUAGACGACUUCCAAACGGAGAAAAAAGAGACCGGUAAACCCAACAUGGAUACCCAUCCUGCAUCAGGGGCAACCAGUCCCAGAUCAAGGCAGUCAGUACGCAGUCUCCAACUGAGAGACUCAGGAGAGACAGGAGGGGUUAGUUCACCCAUACAAGAUGACUCUGCAAUCCACUUGUCUGGGCAGCUUUCGAGGGACUCGGGCAGUGAGGAAGAGGAGCCUUAUGAGGAUGAAGAAGAGCAGUAUGGGGCCCACGCUGCUGAGACAGAAGAGAGCGAGGAGGAGGAGGAGGACACAGAACUAGUGGUCAUGGACCCCAAUCAUCCCCUGAUGAAGCGAUUCCAGUCUGCUCUAAAGAACCACCUCACCAGACAGCUAGAAAAGCUAAACCUGAACCUCAGGGAGGAGCUGGGUUUGAUGAAGAAGCACACGUCUGAGCGUGAGGAGCUGGGAAUUAUGCUGUAUGGAGUGCAGCAGGAGCUGGCUCGCAUGCAGAUGGGGCUAGAGAAGCAACACGACCAGAACACACAGGCCGCCACCAUGCGCAGAAGAGUGGAGGAUGAACUGGAGAACACCAGGCAGCUCUUCAAGAGAAUGCAGCAAAACGCCAACGAUGAACGCUCAAGAGUAUCAAAGCUGCAGACAGAGGUUGACAACCUGGCAUUGCGUCUCUUCUACAUGCAGAAUGUAAAUGAGGAUGUGCGCUCAGACAUCUGUCUCAUGAAAAAUGCCACACAGAAAGCUGAGACAGAAAAAGCACAAGCGGAAGACCAGAAAAUGAAGCAGGACCUGUUUGUGGACCGACUGACGAAAGAGGUGGAUAACCUGCGGGAAAAGAUUGCUAUGUACGAGGUCCAGACAGUGGCGCAGUCUGAAGAAACUAAAGCAGCAAAAGAGGCUGUAUCAGAGGCUCAUAUGGAGAUUGAGGCUAUUGCCGUUGAGAAGAAGCAGCUCUUUCAGCAGUGGAACAGCAGCCUGAUUGGGAUGAGACGGCGGGAUGAGGCCUAUACAGCCAUGCAGGAAGCAUUGCGGCAGUCGAAGCAGCAGGUCCAGUCUUUAGACACAGAGAUUGAGGGCUAUAAGAAGUCCAUCACAAAAGAGGAGGAGAAGAAUGAGCAGCUGACAGUCAUCCUGAACCGUGCAGAGUAUGAUGCCAACAUGUCGAAGAAGCUCAUCUCACAGUGUCUGGCCAGGCAGGAGGCAUUGAAGGCAGAGUACAGCACCUACACUCGCACGCUGAAUGAAACCGAAAAGGCUCUGCUCAGGGUCAAUAUGGACCAUGCAAAGAAGUUCAAUGAGCUAACUCUACUGAGGACACUGAUAGAGAAGGAGUGUGCCACCAAACUAGAGCUGGAGGACAAGAUCUUGCACAAGAUGCAGGAACAGAUGACACUGGACAAAUCAGCAAAAUACGCCCGCCGCUUGACUGAGAAACUCGCAUCACGCAAACGAGCGCUGGAAUUACAGCUUACGAAACUGGAAAAUGAUCUUGGCCAGGUUACCCUGGAGACCAACAACUCAAACAUGCGUCUGAGCUCUCUGCAAAAGACACUGGCUGCACUGGACAAAGAGAUGCAGCACAAACAUGAGCUGAUCUCCCGCAGUGAGUCUGAGAUCGCCAAGUGCUGCAUCAUGAUCGAGCGCAAGCAAAGCACCAUCAACCUUUACAACAAGAAGAUUGAUAACAUCCAAGCCAAGACUGGGGGAGAAGAGCUAGGGCCCCUGGCAAUCCAGAUCAAGAAUCUGAGUAAAGAGAUUGAACAACAGAGCUCAGAGAUUUCAUCCAUGCAGCAGUAUUGGCUGCGACAACAGAAUGAACUUGUCUUACUUUCCAAGGAAAGGGAGGAGCAGGCUGUCUCAGUGGAAACCUUAAAGAAACAUCUCACCAUUCUACAGCAGAAGAAAGUACGCACUGAGAAUGAGAUUCAACAGGAACUGAAUGAGAAGAAAGAUAUUGAAAGGCACAUGAAGAACCUCUCCAAUGAUAUGUUGAAACUCAACAUGCUCCUGAGCAAGAACAACAGCCUGAAGGAGGCGCUGCAGCAGGGCAACAGCCUGAUGGAAAACGAGUUUGUGCACAAGCUGAAGGAAGCAGAGCGGGAAUCAAUUGAAAUGCAGAUGAAACUGGAGCGCCUACAAGAGGAGAAGGAGAGACUGCUGAACAGCCUUGUGGAAGCAGAGCGUCAGAUUAUGCUGUGGGAGAAGAAAACACAGCUGGGAAAGGAGACUCGAGAUGCUGUGGAUUCAGACAUUGGGAAAGGAGAGAUGCGCUCCAUGAGGGCAGAGAUACACAGGAUGGAGGUUCGUUAUGGGCAGCUAAUGAAACAGCAGGAGAAGCUGAUAAGAGAGAUGGAGGCAGUGGUGGCGCGUAGGGAGACCAUCGUCACACGUGGGGAGGCUCAGAACAAGAUGGAGAAGAAGCAGCCGACACGCAGCGAGUUCCACAACAAAAUGCAGGCUCUCCAGAAGAAGAUAGAAGAAACACAGAAGCAAGCAGGGGAGUGUAAUGGGGUGAUCCAGGAGCUGCAGGACACACAGAAAUCACUGAGCAGUACUCUGGAUGAAAAACACAAGCUGGUCACCGAGUUACAGGCUACUACUGACAUGAUGACACAGGAGCUCAAGCAACUGCAAGACAAGAAAGAGAGGAACUUCUCACGGUUCUUGGCAUUCCAGGCCCGUUUAAAACACUUACAGUCAGUCAAGGAUGGCACGUACUCCCCUUUGGUCAAGACAGAAGCAUUGGAAAGUGAGAUCCAGAAACAGGAGGAUCGCAUCCAUGCUGUGAGCACCAUCAUCGACCGCAUCUGCCAUGAGUACCCCCAGCACCAGGGGGCGCUACGCAAAGUCAGCCUGGCCCUGGCAGGGAGAAUGCAGGCUCCAGACGAGACAGCUUGAGUCAACAUAAUUUCUACAGUUUUUGCUUCAGUCUUGUUACCAAAAGAAAAUAUUAACAUUGCAUCUUAUCUUAUCGAAACCCUUAAAUACAACAUUUUGCACACUUUGAUUGGUUUUGUUGAGUACCAGUCUGUUUUUUUCAGAGCGACCCCAAAAGUAAAUCUCAGGUGUCCAAAACCAUGUGAUUUUAUUUAUUUCUAAACACCUGACUUUGAAUUGUAAUCUGUAACCAAUUAUAUCAGCUGCAGAGUAAUGAAUGCUGAUUGUAUGAUCUUUUCAAGAAUAAAUUGUUACAUCCAAUAAAUAAAAA